UCUCUCGCCCCCCCCUUCCCACGCCCCAGUGCGCUGUGGGAUAGUGGCAGUAUAAAGUAUAUCCUCUCUCGGACAGAGAUAAGAAGCCCAAGGCAGGAGGGGAUGAAGAUGGCGGACGCCAAGCAGAAAAGGAAUGAACAGUUAAAACGGUGGAUAGGCUCGGAGACAGACCAAGAGCCACCUGUCCUGAAAAAGAAGAAGACGAAGGUGAAGUUCGACGAUGGCGCCGUGUUUUUGGCAGCCUGCUCCGCCGGCGAUACCGAGGAGGUGAUACGAAUGCUGGACCGGGGCGCUGACAUUAACUACGCCAAUGUAGACGGUCUCACUGCCCUACAUCAGGCCUGCAUAGAUGAUAACGUGGACAUGGUGACGUUCCUGGUGGAGCACGGUGCGGGCAUCAACCAACCUGACAACGAGGGCUGGAUCCCUCUUCACGCCGCGGCCUCUUGUGGAUACUUGGACAUAGCCGAGUAUCUAAUCAGUCAGGGUGCAAGUGUGGGCGUCGUCAACAGUGAAGGGGAGACGCCAUUGGACAUUGCAGAGGAGGAGGCCAUGGAGGAGCUUCUGCAGAACGAGAUCAACCGACAAGGAGUGGACAUAGAGGCCGCCAGGAAAGAGGAGGAGAGAAUCAUGCUGCGAGACGCACGGCAGUGGCUCAACAGCGGUCAGAUCAACGAUGUGCGGCAUGCCAAGUCGGGAGGCACUGCGAUGCAUGUCGCCGCUGCCAAGGGAUACACGGAGGUUUUAAAGCUUUUAAUCCAGGCAGGAUACGAUGUAAAUAUUAUAGACUUUGAUGGCUGGAGCCCCCUCCAUGCCGCAGCUCACUGGGGGAAAGAGGAGGCAUGUAGAAUACUCGUCGACCAGCUGUGCGACAUGGACGUCAUCAAUAAAGUGGGUCAAACAGCGUUUGAUGUAGCUGAUGAGGACGUCGUCAGCUAUUUAGAGGAGCUGCAUAAGAAACAGAAUCUGCUUAUGAGUGAGAAGAAGGAUGUCAAGAAGUCACCUUUGAUAGAAACUACAACCACUGGGGACAACAAUCAGUCACUGAAACCACUGAAGAGCAAAGAGACUCUCCUGCUGGAGCCGGAGAAGCCUGCGCCACGCAUUGAGACCCUUGAGCCGGAGAAGGUGGACGAAGAGGAGGAGGGCAAGAAGGACGAGUCUAGCUGCUCCAGUGAGGAAGAGGAGGAGGAAGACUCCGAGUCUGAAAAUGAAGCAGAGAAGAGUAAACCGGCUGCCCCCGCCACCAACACCAACAGCACGGCACCAGCGCCGACCAGCGUCACCAGUCCCACCCCAGUCAGCCCCACCAACCAGGUGACCCCCACCUCGCCCGUCAAGAAGGAGACGGUGGCCUCUGCAUCCGCCGAGGAGAUUACUGCAGAGGAGCUCGCCUUGUCUGGCGGCAAAACCUCACCUAAGGACGAUGGCAAGGACGAGUCGCCGUCCUCGUGGCGCAUGGGCCUGCGUAAGACGGGCAGCUACGGCGCCCUGGCCGAGAUCACCGCCACCAAGGAGGCCCAGAAGGAGAAGGACACGGCCGGCGUGAUGCGCUCCGCCUCCAGCCCACGCCUGUCCUCCUCGCUGGACAACAAGGACAAAGAGAAGGAGAAGGAGAAGACCCGCCUGGCAUACGUGGCUCCCACCAUCCCCAGGAGGCUGGCCAGCACGUCCGACAUCGACGAGAAGGAGAACAGGGAUUCUGCUGCUAGUUUGGUACGCAGUGGCUCCUACACCAGGAGACGCUGGGACGAUGACCUGAAGAACAGUGAAGGAACCACUUCCCAGAACAGAACCUCCAGCUAUCAGCGCAGCACGUCCCACACGCUAGCGCUGGGCCGGAGCGGCAGCACGCGGGACGUGCCGGCCAAGUCCCCCUCGGCCUCCAGCCUGGACCCUAACGCCUGUAACACUAAACCCUGGCAGCCCUCGUCCUACUACCAGUCUUACAGCAUUCACCGAAGCGGUUCGUUCGGCCGGAGGAACGAGGACUCCUUGACCACCACCUCCUCCACCGGCUCCUCAAACACCACCACCACCACCACCCCCUCCUCCACCCUGAGCGGCAGCAGCUCCAGCAUCACCUCCCCCACAGGCCACCGCAGCCUGCUGUCCAGCCUGGGCUCCGGCUCCUCCUCCACCUCCAGCCGCCCCAGCUCCACCAGCCUCACCAGCAGGUACUGGUCGGAGGAGAGCGCGGAGAAGGACAAGGAUAAGGAGAGGGAGUCGGCCGCCGUCAUCCCCACUAUGAACACUGCAUCCACCACUACUGGCACUGUCCUGGGCUCGGAAGGCCGAGAGCGACGCAGAUCAUACCUCACUCCUGUCCGGGAUGAAGAGUCCGAGUCCCAGAGGAAGGCCCGUUCCAGACAGGCCAGACAGUCCAGAAGAUCCACCCAGGGGGUGACCCUGACAGACCUGCAGGAAGCGGAGAAGACCAUCGGGCGUAGCCGCCCCAGCUCGCGCCGCGAAGACGAGAAGGACGAGAAGGAGAAGCAGGACAAAGAGAAGCAGCAGGAGGAGAAGAAGGAGACGGAGACUAAAGAGGACGACUACAGAUCACGCUACCGCAGCUUCGAUGAGACCUAUCAGCGCUACCGCCCCAGCUCCUCCUCCGCGGCCAGCACCACGCCCAGCUCCUCCGCCUCCAGCACGGCCCUCACCACCACCUCCUCUGGCGGCUCGCUCUACUCCUCCAGCGCCCUCAACCGCCCCAACAGCCUCACCGGCAUCACCUCCUCCUACAGCCGCUCCUCGCGCGACACUGAGAAAGAGUCGGAUAAGAAGGAGGAGGAAAAGGAGGGCGAGGACAAGUCCCAGCCGCGCUCCAUACGUGACCGCCGACGUCCCCGAGAGAAGAGGCGCUCCACUGGGGUCCCCUUCUGGACUCAGGAUAGCGAUGAGAAUGAUCCAGAUCAACAGUCCGACUCGGAAGAGGGAAGUACUAAAGGCGAACCACAGAGCGACCGGCUGGCCAGGAACGACUCCGGCCUGACUAGCACUUCCUCCAGUGACCGCUACGAGCACCUGGGGAGCCGGGGCUACGGUGAAGGGCGGAGGCCAUACACCAGCCGGCUGGAUAGAGACGACAGCACUGAUUAUAAGAAGCUUUACGAGCAGAUCCUAGCAGAAAACGAGAAGCUGAAAGCGCAGUUACGCGACACGGACCUGGAGCUGGCAGACUUGAAGCUACAGCUGGAGAAGGCCACACAGAGGCAGGAACGCUUUGCUGAUCGCUCGCAGCUGGAGAUGGAGAAAAGGGGUUCAAGCAGGCCUCAGUAUCAGCUGGGUGGAAAGAAGGGCUCUAGAAAGGAAGAUAUCUGAGAUGGAGGAGGAACUCAAGAUGCUACCAGACUUGAAAGCAGAUAACCAGAGACUAAAGGAUGAAAACGGAGCCCUGAUUCGAGUCAUUAGCAAGCUUUCCAAAUAGAACAGAACCUUACACCACCCCCCCCUCACCUUCACCCUCACUCCCCCAUUCACCCGCUGCCGCCCUCCCUCUGUGUCUGUGCCCCCCUCCCAUGGCAGCAAACUAAUGGUAUUGCACAUCUAGAUGUUAAUUGCAAACAGACAUGAGUGACAAGAAGGCUCCUUCUCUCCUGAUCAGUCCCUUCUUUUUUUUUUUUUUUUUUACCCAGUUUUAGUUUUGAUUUUGUUUUCCUCUCCCUCCUUUGUUUUGUAUCUUCCCCCCCCCCCCCCCCCUUUCCUCACUCCUCCACUGCAACACUCACCCCAUCCCCUCACAAGUUCCCCGUUAGAUUGUUCGUAUAUAAAUAUUAUGUUUCUUUACACCGCUGCCCCUAGACAACCACUGAGUUUACAGCGAGCGGGCGGGCGGGCGGGCGGCGGUGUGGACAGCAUGGAGAAUGAGAAGAAAACGAAAACGAUAAGAAAAUGAAAACCUAGUGGGCAGGGAACGCCUCGAAAGCUAUUUAACCAAUAAGCCUUAGUUGUAUAUAAAUGAAAGAAGGAAGACGAUGAGAAACACUUCGCUUUGAUCUCUUGGGAUGUCACAGAAGAACAGUUAUAUUCACCACCUAAUUUUUUAAUUUUUUUUGUGCCACAGAAUUUUCUUUUUGGUCUUUCUUCUUUUCAUUCUUUAUUUUUUUUUCUUCGAUGCUCCCCCUUUCUUGCCUCCCCCCCCAUCCGAUGUCUAUGUGUGUUAGGGGUUUCGUGCAUCGCGCGGGUCUCUCUCUCUCUCUGUGUGUGUGUGUGUGUGUGUGUGUGUGUGUGUGUGUGUGUGUGUUCCUUACACACGGCCCCUCUGUCCAAAGUGCCACUCUUGCCCUCCCACACGGCUCCUCAAAGGUCUGAAGGCUCUGACCUUCCACCAUUCCCCCUCUGCUUCUGCGCACACACACACACACACACACACACACACACACACACACACAUAUAUAUUUGUGUAUUUCCCCAUGCCUCUGGUUAUACCAUUUUGUCUGUAUCUUCCUCAAGGAGGGAAACAGAGUUAUCGCUUUACCGAAAAAGGUGGACCUGGUGGAAUUUAAGCUUUCACUGUAUGUGCAAUAUGCAUUUCUUUCUUAUUAAAAAAUGCUUUAAUGACGAGUCCAUCACUAGUAAAGCCCCCCCCCCCCCCCCCCCCCAACACACACACAUACACACACCUCCCCCCUCUCCAAUUUUUUUCUCUCUUUUUAAGUUUGUAGUGUAGUCCUUGCUUUAUACUCUUAAAUCCUCACUAUGUUUUUAGCAGGUACUGAGUGAAACUGUAUAUACCUGUAUGUAUUGUUUGACCAACACAUGGCAUGCAUUUAUGGUUCCCGUCUGUUACUAUUAAAAAUAUACAAAUUCCAGAGGACAAAAAAAGUGUGUUUUAAACUACUUCCUUCUUCACUUCCUUCCUUUUUAUUUUCCUUUCUUCCUUCAUCAUCUUUUAUAGUCUAAAGACAUUGAAUGGCUGUAGAGCUGCUCCCUCCAACAAGGGCUUCAGCUACAGUGUUCAGUGCAUUUAUUUUUUUUCCUCAAUUUUUUAAAAAGUGUUCCACAAACAUUGUGAGAUGAGAAUAAUAAUAAUAAUAAUAUAAUUGCUUCACUACAUUUCGCACAUUUGUAUUUAGUAUCCUUGGAAGAGUGUUCAUCCCCCCCAUCCCCUUUCCCUAUUUGUUUUUCUUCUUUUUUUUUAACCUGUAGUAUUAGCAGAGGUGUUUUUGUUGUUUGUUUGUUUGUUUGUUUUUUCACUUGAGACGAAAUGAAAAACCCCCUAGGUUAUCACUAACCCAGUCCUGUUCCACAGAUGUCUACAUGCACUGUCAAUGCCAUGUGAGGAGUCUUGUCCGGUUCGUAGCGAACUUGCCACCAUGUCGAAUUCAAGUCCAUGCAAUGGUAAACAUGUUUUUAUGCUUUUUUUUCAGUGGCCUUUUAAGAUAAAAAUGAAAUACUGUAGUGCAGAACACAAGUCGCUGUAGUUGGACUGUCAGCUGUCUCCUCUUUUGGUUUAGUUUGUUGUUUUCCUCCCCUUUUUAAAUAUCCAAUUUAUCUUGUAAAAUAGGCGUGUGGCUUCUUACAUGCAAGCUGUGCUGUGACUACCAACCACUGAAGAGUUCAAUAAAAAUAAACUUGUACAUUGUAAA